UGGCACGUGGUGAACCGUUGAACCCAAUACGGUCUUAGCCUAACACGCAACCAAUUAGCCAAAUAAAGACGCAGUUCAGGAACCCAUUCAGCUUCCCCAACCUAAACCUAACCACAACCUUCUUCGGUCCCAACCCUAAUCACAAUCGAAUCAACACCCACACUCCGGCCCCUAUGGCCUCCGCCGAAGACCCCAGUAACGCCGGUGCCGCCCUCUACAACGAAGAUGAGGACCUUCUCGACGAGGAAGAUGAUGACGACAGCUCCGACCACGGCGAAGAUGUCUAUCUGGAGGCUGACGUCGACGUCGAUGAGGAUUCCGCCUCCUCGUCUCCGGCUACAGCGUCUGCGUCUGUUUCUGUUGUCGAUCGGCCUCCGGCUUCUGUCUCCACCGCACAAGUCACCGUCGCCGUCGCUGACGUCCCCGAUUUUCGUGUGAACCAGCAGUCACAACAACAGCAACAGCAGCAGCAUAUUCCAGCUGAUGCCAUCACUGGGGUCACCAGGAAGCCGCAGGCUAUAGCGUUCCCCGACGAGUCACGCAAGCUGUUUCAGCGUCUCUGGACUGACGAGGACGAAAUCGAGCUGUUGCAGGGGUUUCUGGAAUAUACUACUCAGCGUGGGCCACAAAGUUCUUCGCACCACCAUGAUACGACGGCCUUCUAUGACCAGAUCAAGGAUAAGCUGCAGCUUGAUUUCAAUAAGAAUCAGCUUGUGGAGAAGCUGAGGAGGCUCAAGAAGAAGUAUCGCAACGUCAUAAGUAAAUCUGGUUCCGGCAAAGAUCACUCCUUCAAGAGUCCCCACGAUCAGGCGACUUUCGAAAUCUCCAGUAAAAUCUGGGGCGACAGUGUUGGAGUCAACGGUUCCGUCGUUCGUGCUGCCCCAACUGAUGAGGCCAGGUUUGAAGAUAAUGAUCCUAGCAACUCCAAUUUUGUUGGCAAUCAAAGCCCUAUCCCGAACAACCCUAAUGGCUUCGAUGGGAAUAGCAAGACACCCCGAUCCAGGAAGCGAAACCGAGCCGGAGCAGUGAAAGUCGAGGAAAAACAGCACGCCUUUACUAGUAAUCCUCAAAUUAAUCAGCCAUCAGUGGGAGUGGGUGUGGGUGUGGUCACCCCAGUGGCUACUCCUUUAGGCGUGGGGAUGCCAGCAUCCAUGUCAAACGUGAUUGAGGAGACUGUGAGAAGCUGUUUGUCGCCGUUUUUCAAGGAGUUGUUGGGAAAUUCUAUGAAUUUGAAUGGGAAUGCAUUGUAUGGAAACCGAGGGUUUGGGUUGGCUUUGAGUCCCAUGCCUUUGGGAUUUAGUGGAGUGACUGGUGGGGAGAGGCUUGUUGACGAGAAAUGGAGGAAGCAGCAGAUAUUGGAAUUGGAGGUGUUUUCAAAGAGGUUGGAGUUGGUGCAGGAUCAGAUUAAAGCACAGUUGGAGGAGCUCAGGUCCAUGGGGAGUUAAUGGCCAGCUUUCUUCAGUAGUAAGCUGGCUUUUCAACUCUCCUGACUCCUGGGUUAGUAGCAUAUUUAUUCAUUUGUCUUUGAUAAAUGAGAAAGUGCAGAUUCUGUUUAGAUUUUUAAUUUGGGUUGCUGAAUAAUACUUCUAAUAGUUAGGCCUUCGAUGGGUGGUUGCAUGUCUCCUCAAGUCUGUGAGGGAUAUUGUUUGAUAUGUACAUCGGAAUUGACAUGGACUAGUAGUUUACUUAGAUAAUUAUAUGCUAUAAUUGCUAUGAUCUUCAAAUUAUGCAUCUGUGAAUGCAUUUUUCCUUUUCUUGCUCUCUAUUUUCUCUCGGGAAACACUUUCACUGUAUGUAACUUCUGAUAUUUGGAGUCGUCUCUCAUAUAAAUUCUACAGAGGAUUACACAGGAUUAUGAUCUCUGAAUUUCAUUAUGAAAUGCUUGGAAUUUUUAUGGUGUAA